AUGUCGGACCAAAUGAGUAUGGCGGUGGCUUCUCUUCAGCCUGAACAAUGGACAGCGUCGCUGAACGAGGCAUUAUCGAUUUUUAUCACCGAUACUAAAGGCCAAGCUCAUAACUUUAGUCCACUCUUCACGUAUCCUAUUUUCGGUGAUGCCGAGACGAUUUUCGGGUACCAGGGGCUUCGGAUCUUUUUGUGCUUUGAUUCGGUUACGUUUUUGCCGUUUUUGAACGUGAAGUUUGAGAAUAAGCUUCCUGACAUUGAGAUCGAUCCAAAGACCAAGUUACUUGAGUUGUUGCCUGAAUCGACGGUUUAUAAGGAUGAGGCCAAGUGGAGAGACGCUAUUGAAGAGGAGCAGAAGGGGUUUGAAAUUCCAGGCACCAAGAUUGGCUCAGACUUUGUCAAGGGCGACCAGACAUAUGGAAUUUUCAAGCUCGACUUGGGUUCUGAAAAUGGCGUUGAAUUGCACAAGAGACUUCAGAUUUUGGUGCUUUUAUUUAUCGAAGCAGGCACUUACAUUGACUUUAAGGAUCCUUUGUGGGACCUUUACGUGAUUUACAACACUACCGACGCUAAGCUCCCAGAAGUGGUUGGUUUUGCAACCGCGUACAACUACUGGGUUUACCCUGGCCUGGCUGACUUCGACAGUGGCGUGGAAAAAAUCAGAAAGAAGAUUUCCCAGUUUAUUAUUUUGCCAAGUCUUCAAGGCCAAUCGCUUGGUGGAGAGCUCUACGAGAGGUUGUAUAAGCUCUGGUUGGAAGAUGAGCGCGUGGUGGAGAUUGUGGUGGAAGACCCCAACGAAAGCUUUGACGAUUUGAGAGACCGUGUUGAUUUCAGUCGUCUUUUGAACGACCAGGAGUUUGGAAACUUGACUUUGGACCAGGUUGACGAUGCAUGGAUCAAGAAGUUUAAGGAACUGCAGAAACUUGAAAAACGUCAACUUCUGCGUUUACUUGAAAUGCUCUUUUUGUACCAAUUGAAGUACAGCGACGUGAAGCCGUCCAAAAAAGCAGUCAGACUUUUCAUCAAACGCAGACUUUUUGAAAAGAACAAGGAAGCACUCAGUGGACUUGACGAACCUACGCGUCUUGAUAAAUUGCAAACUGCAUACGAGUCGUUGGAAGCAGACUAUUAUCGUAUUUUGGAACCCCUUGGCGUCAACAAGAAACGUCCAAUUGAAGGUGGGUCCACGAGCCACAGCGGUCUUGGAAACGAGUCAACUGCAAAGAAACAGAAGAAGGAAUAG